GCGCCUUGUCGCUGCUGCCGCUGCCGCCGCCGCCGCUUUGCCCGCAUGUCUUUGACGACCUCGGCGGUGAAAUUCCGCCAGAUCUUAGCCCAUUUCCCUCAAGAGUUCAGCCUCGCCUUUGCUUAUGGGUCUGGGGUCUUUCAGCAAGCGGGGGCCUCUGCCAGGGAAACUGAGAACAAUAUGCUGGAUUUUGUGUUUGCUGUUGAUGAUUCCGUAACAUGGCAUAAGAUGAACCUGUUAAAGAAUCGGAAUCAUUAUUCCUUUCUAAAAUAUUUUGGCCCCAAGCCAAUCAGUACCGUCCAGAACUAUGGAGCAGGGAUUUACUACAAUACACUAGUGCCUUGUGAUGGCAGGGUUAUAAAAUAUGGAGUCAUAAGUACUGAUGCUCUGAUGGAAGACUUGCUUCACUGGAAGACUCUCUAUGUAGCUGGGCGUCUGCAAAAGCCGGUGAAAAUCCUUACCCAAAACGAGAAUGUUUACCUGCAAUCUGCCCUCACUAGCAACUUGAAGAGUGCCGUAACAGCAGCCUUCCUCAUGUUGCCCGAAAGCUUCUCUGAAGAAGAUCUCUAUAUGCAGAUUGCUGGACUGUCCUAUUGUGGUGAUUUCAGAAUGAUAAUUGGAGAAGAUAAGUCAAAAGUUAUGAACAUAGUGAAGCCCAACAUGUUACAUUUUCAGAUGCUCUACAAUCACAUAUUGCAAGAUUGCCCCCAAGUGGUGUACAAGCACCAGCUGGGUAAGCUAGAGAUAGAUAAGAGUCCAGAAGGUCAAUUUACACAGCUAAUGGCUCUGCCAAGGACCCUGCAGCAACAAAUAACUUCUCUCAUGGAUCCUCCAGGGAAGAACAGAGAUGUGGAAGAAAUUUUAUUGCAAGUUGCUCAUGAUCCUGACUGUGGAUUAGUAGUACACCAGGGCAUUUCAGGAAUUGUGAGAUCGUCCAGUCUAAUUCAGAGUGCUAAAACCGCCCUAACAGCUGGUAUGAAAAAAUCGUUGAGUUACAGCUUGAAGAAGAUGUACAAAAUGACGAAAGGAUGGCUAAGGAAGACAUGACGUCUGUGGGUUUGGACGUUUUCAAAAAUUGACUGAUGGUCUUCUGGCUAAGGAUUAUUCCAAUUCUACCUGUUGUAUCACCUUGCCUUGGAAAAUUAAGAAUAUGCAGAAACAUGUUUGUGGUAUUUAUAUACAAACUGUCUUGCAUGUAAGAGAAACAGAGAUCUUCAUUUUCCGCUUUCUUGAAGAACAUCUGGGCUUCCCCACCCCCACCCCCCGAUGAUUCUUUAGAACUGCUCUUUUUCUACGUUUGAGUAUGUGCCGUGUGUGUGUGUCGUGUUUCUAACUCCUACAAAAUGACGUCUUUUGCCAUUCUUAUAUUGCUGUGUCAUCUCUGAUCAUGUUUGUGCCAACAGUUCUUCUGCAGGAUUGGCCCAUGAUCUUGCAUCUUUUACUUCAGCAAGAACUCAUGAUGGUCUAAUCACAGCUGGAGAAACACCGGAUAGCACUGAACUGAACUCUUUUACUCGUGGCACUCUUGCUGUGUAGAGUUGCAUGUCAAGUAACUUUGAAAAAGGUCAGCCAUUUGUUUUUAAGGCAUGGUUGACAGCAGCAUAAUUCACAGCCAAAUAUUGGUGAGCGGGUCAUAUUUCAAAAUAAGGUCAGGUUAUAGUUGAGCUUCUGGGUCCAAUAAUGUGUGGGUGUUUGGAUAUAUAAUUUAAGAGUGCUGCUGCACUGCCAGUUCACAGAGAGCUUUUAAUGUCAACCUAUGGUUAAAAUCAGGGAACAGUUAUCUUAUUCCUUAGUGUAUAGGCUGCUUUCCUCCCUCACCACUCCAAAUCUAUGAACUUUAGUUUACUGAGGCACAAAGGAGGGCAGCCGAAACUUGUUUUUCUUUCAGAGUUGAUCAGGAAAGUUCCAUUGUACUAUAUUAUUUGACUCCCCAGCAUGGAUCCUAAAAGUAAUCCCUCAUAGGGCAAAGUGGAAAUAAGUAAUGAUUGUAGGGAGGGGGUGGUCCACUUGCUAAAGCUAUGUACUUAUACAACUGUGCAGAGAUGUUUAACAUAUAGAGACAUGGGCAAGGGCCUCUGGAGUGUUUUGGGGCCUCUGUGUAAGUGGCCUUUGCAUUUAAAGAGAAAUGCUUGGAACGAAGGAAUUGAAAAUGACAUUCCUUUUGAAGAUUAUACCAUGAUAAACAGUUCUACGUUCAUGUUUGCUUAGAAGGCAUUCUAGACUUCGGGUUAAAAAAUUAAUUUAAAUUUGAUUAUAGUCCAGCCUCUUUCAUGAGCUGAAGGCAGGUAACUAUAAAUGUAUGUAAAUUUGAAUUGGAGGCCCAGUUAGCAUGAGGGCCUGAAAGCUCAUAACAGUGAUUUUUAAGGGCUUAAUUCACACUUUCAAUUUCUGUGGUAAUAAAAAUAGGAAAAAGCAACCACAAAAGGAAGGAAUAUUUCAUUAAAAUAGUAUAAAGGGCUUACCUAUGUCCAUUAUACUAUUGAAAGUUGUCACAGAAAAAGGCUAGAGGUUUACAGAGUUUGGGUAUCUUAUUUUCAUGAUCAGUUUGAGGCAAACCUUGCUCAUGUUUUAGUGCUAUUGAAAUGGGGGGGGUAUAGGAACCUCUUGUGAUGGAAGGCUUUAUAUUCCAAAUUUACAUGAUUAUUGUAUGUCCAAAGGACUAACGUAAAACUGAUUGUUAAUAUAGUAAAGGGGGACGGUUCAUACUACCGGACAUGUACUGUCAGCUGUUUAUUUUCUGAAGAGCUCUUUUGCAAAGUCCCCUGCUUACUUUUUGAACAUGGAAGGUAUUUAAGAAUCUCUUGUGGGGCCAAUCUGCCCGUAUGCCUGGAACUUGCACACUGGAACAGUCCUGCGGACCUCUCUAGAUUUUAGCUCUGGCCUCUAGCUCUGAAUGCAGUGCCCCUUGCCAGAUCUGCUUUACUAAACCAGCUGAAAACCCAAAAGCUUGCAAUCCUGUGCACAUGCCACUGACUUUGAUGGGGUGGAAUUAAUUCUGCCUGAUGACGGCUGCAGACCCUGGUCUUUACACAUAAAUGUGGCAGACCUGUGUUUAACAUGGGACUGGAGGGCUGCAAAUAGAUGUUACCCAGCCCCCAUGCAAGCUGUGCGGAAGUGUUUGCAUGUGCCAGUGCUGUGCUUGAGGUAGGGCUGAACCUUAGUAGUACAGCACAUAAAUGCAAGUUCAUUCGCUAGGGAUGGAAAAGACUCCUGCCUGAAACACUGGAGAGCCGUGGCCAGUCAAGAGUAGAUGCUACUGAGUUAGACAAGCCAGCGCUCUGACUUGGUCGAAGGCAGCUUCCUGGGCUCCUAUGGUGAACCCUCUUGUGUUAGCCAGGUGAAUACCAGUGUAUUCAGCUACCUGCUUUAAGAGGCUUGUGAAAGCCAAUCUGGGAAUUGUAUGCUAAUAAAUGGUUUCCAUUCUCCAUGCAAAUGAAUGGCAAUUUGAAUCUAAAUGCUUAAUGAUUAGGUAGACUAGGAAGGAGAAAGUUUCUGCUUGACCUCUUGGCAGAACCCCAAGAGCAAUGCAGGACACUUGUGAUGGCAGUGAAGUCUGGAGGGAAGGAGGGAAUAAAGAGUUGCAUCCAACUGUGGUCAUUCUGCUGAUGGAAGCAAUUGCAUCAGCAGAACCGGGUGGGGGGACAAUGCCCCCUUCCCAUCCAUCAGCCUCCAUGUGCCCUCAAAAAUGCUGGGAAACCCUCUGGAACAGCUGUUUGGGCAGCACAAGAAGGAGAGAGGGAGAAAGUCCCAUUAUUCUGGAGGACUUCCUGCCAGUGUGACGUGGGAUUUAAGCCAAAGGUUAUGUAGCCCGAACAGUGGUAUACGAAAUUCACAUAAGAAGUGGAACCAACUGGUAUCCAAAUGGAGUCCUGCGUUUUUAAAAACUGAAGCUAGUAAUGCCAAAUCAAUAUAUUCCUAUUCAUAUGCUAAUUCUCCUGUCUUCCUUCAUAGGUCAUCUGCUGGGGUAACCAAAGUGAUUUCAUUGUCAAACUUUUGUCAGUUACUGAAAUGGCUCCAGGUAGUCAGUCUCAUCCAAAUGUUUCUGGAAUUGAACCGCUACCCACGAGGAGUACCUUGCCAAAAAUGGGAGGUUAGCCACUGGCUGACAGUUCUUGCAACUGUCAGAAUCCAGUGAGGACAUCUUAAGGAGCGGCACUAUUUAAUUUUAGAAAGAGAGUAAAUGGCAACCAUAAGGCAACUUUGCAGAAGACAGCUUUUUAAACUUUAUUGCUAAAGCUAUGAGAUGUGCAGUUUAUAAGGUAUGAAACCUCAAAUCCAAAUGAAGGCAAGACAGCUAUUACCCUUGAAGAACUGUGUUCUUAUUAAUUGUGUGUGUGUGUGUGUAUGUGUGUGUGCGUGUGUGCAUCUUGGAGACUUCAUCUCUCCUCUCCCUCCCCCACCCCCAGCAGUGGUGCCUUUCCUCCCUUCUUUAUUGGUGAAUACAUCUUCUCUGUGAAUAUGUAUUUCUGUAUUUUAUAAUUGCAUUCCGAGCAAUAAAAUAAUUGUGUUUGAA